UCUAAAUUAAUAGGAUAUAAUUAUCGAUGGAUAAUCUUCACCCUUGACAGCAGAGCUAUCAGUGCUUCUCACCCUCCACUUCUCCAUCUCUCUUUGCGACCCCUAUCAGCUUAACCUGCUCCCCUAGAAAGAAACCCUUCUCUAGGGUCACGGUUUUGGCUCCUGUUCUUUAUUCUGUUACCAGAUUCAGUUCUUUCAAUUCUUUAUUCGAUCGGGAUUUUCCUAUUCGUUUUUAUUUGCAUCUGGGAUUUAAAUCGAUGAUGGAUACAAGAAAGAGAGGGAGGCCUGACUUCAAAACUAAUGGCUUUGGUGGAUUCAAGAAAUCUAAGCAAGAAAUGGACCCCUUAUCAACUGGUGUAGGAAGCAAAUUGAAGCCAUGCACCAAGUUUUUCAGCACUGCUGGCUGUCCAUUUGGUGAGAGCUGCCACUUUCUCCACCAUGUUCCUGGUGGCUACAAUGCUGUGACCCAGAUGAUGAAUCUGGGACCUACUGUCACCCCACCAUCCAGAAGUAUGGUGGCCCCACUGCCAGUCCCUAAUGGCUCUGCUUCGUCUGCUGUUAAAGGCCGGCUAUGUAACAAAUACAGUAGUGCUGAAGGUUGCAAAUUUGGUGAUAAAUGCCGUUUUGCGCAUGGUGAGUGGGAACUUGGCAGGGCUUUUGCUCCAUCUCACAACAAUCCACGUGCUGCUGGAGGUGUUCCAGGACAUUUGGGUGGUCGUGUGGAGCAACCUCCUCCUGGCCCUGCUACCAGCUUUGGUGUCUUUGCCACCACUACAAGAAUCAGUGUCAAUGCCUCUCUUGCUGGAUUCAUCAUUGGUAAGGGUGGUGUGCAUUCCAUACAGAUAUGCCACCAAACAGGAGUCAAGCUGUCUAUUAAGGAGCAUGAAACAAAUCCAAAUCUCAAGAACAUCGAACUUGAGGGGUCAUUUGAACAGAUUGCCCAAGCUAGCAAGAUGGUAGAAGAGCUUGUAAAGGUGAAUUCAGCAAAAGCCGCUGCAAAAACCUCUGGGGGCCGUGGGGGGCAUGCCAAUCCAGGAAGCAACUAUAAGACCAAGUUGUGUGACAAUUUUGCCAAAGGGUCUUGCACUUUUGGUCAAAGGUGCCAUUUUGCUCACGGAGCUGCUGAAUUGCGCAAGACAGCAGCGUGAGUGUUAAGUUUUCCUAGUUUGGCUCUAUCUGUUGUGCAGUCAUGUAUGCGUGAGCUCUCUUUUAGUUCUGGCCGUGCAAUGCUUAUUGGUGAGAGGAAAUUAUGAUUUUACAUUUUUUGGCUUCUUGUAUACUUUCUUAGAACUAUCAUAGCUUUAGCCUUCCAAUUUCCCCCCCUUCUGCAUCUGAUGUAACAUACUUUGGCAGCUUGUCCAUGCCGUCCAUAGUUCCAUGUUCCGAGUAGAUAAUAGUAGCUUUGUCUAAUUUGCUAGAAACCCUUGAAUUUUAAACUUUUGUAUUCUAUUAUAAUACUUUAAUAAUUUCUAUUACGAAGGGCGAUCCCAUGUUUCAGAA